UUUCGUUCCACUGGCGAGUAUCACGCCAGUCAGAGUGUGGGGAGGCUGAGCAGAGCGCACAGCUACAGUCAGCGAUCCUCAGAUGUCAUGUAAAGUAACUGGCAGAACAGUGGAAAUUUUUAUAUGAGAGGAUGAUGACUGUGCUUUAAAAGCACUGAAAUACGCGAGAUUCUUUUUUUUUAAUUAUUAUUCAUAGGAUUUCAUGUGCGCGCUAAAGUGGCCAUGGCGCAUUUUACGCACUGCAGGUAACCAGUGUUUUGGAGUCUAAUACAAUCAAAAGCAUGGAUUAAACUGCAAGCAUUUUUUCCCACUUUCUUCAGCAGAGCUGAAAUGGCGGCACUUCGUAGAAAAUUUGGCGAAGACUAUCAGGUGGUUAACACAAAUCGGGCUUCAUCUUUUUCUGCUCCGGUGAAGAAGAAACGCCAGCGUUUCGUGGAGAAGAACGGUCGCUGCAAUGUGCAGCACGGAAACCUCGGUGGAGAGACCAGCAGGUACCUCUCUGACCUGUUCACCACUUUGGUAGACCUAAAGUGGCGAUGGAACCUACUGAUCUUCAUCCUAACUUACACCAUCGCAUGGCUGGUCAUGGCAUCGAUGUGGUGGGUCAUUGCGUACAUCAGAGGAGAUUUAAAUCAUGGCCACGACUCAUCCUACACCCCCUGUGUGGCCAAUGUUUACAACUUCCCCUCAGCUUUUCUGUUCUUCAUCGAGACUGAGGCCACAAUUGGUUACGGCUACCGGUACAUUACGGAGAAGUGUCCGGAGGGCAUCAUCCUUUUCUUGUUCCAAUCGCUGCUGGGCUCCAUAGUGGACGCUUUUCUCAUCGGUUGUAUGUUCAUAAAAAUGUCCCAACCCAAGAAACGCGCAGAAACGCUCAUGUUCAGUCAGGACGCGGUGAUUUCUCUGCGAGACGGCAAACUAUGCCUCAUGUUCCGUGUGGGCAACCUGCGGAACAGCCACAUGGUGUCCGCACAGAUCAGGUGCAAGCUUAUAAAGUCUCGUCAGACACCCGAGGGCGAGUUCCUGCCUCUGGACCAGUGCGAAUUGGAUGUGGGCUUUGGAACGGGUGCAGACCAGCUCUUUCUGGUAUCCCCUCUCACCAUUUGUCAUGAAAUUAAUCCCAAGAGCCCCUUUUUCGACCUAUCCCAGCGUUCUCUCAUGAGCGAACAGUUUGAAAUUGUCGUUAUCCUCGAGGGCAUCGUUGAAACCACCGGUAUGACAUGCCAGGCAAGAACGUCAUACACUGAGGAUGAGGUUUUAUGGGGCCAUCGUUUCCUGCCAGUAAUGUCCCUGGAAGAGGGUUUUUUCAGGGUCGACUACUCUCAGUUCCACAGCACGUUCGAGGUGCCGACACCACCGUACAGUGUCAAGGAGCACGAAGAGAAGAAUUCUCUGCCUUCGCCUCUGUCCACUCCUACCCCCGCACUGACUGAGAGCCACGGUGCCCGGCGUAACCGCGUGUUUUCUGUGGAUUGUAUUAAUACUACUGAGGAAAGGGGCCGUCAUGUAGGGACUGGGAUUCGACUUCCAAGCAAAUUGCAGAGGAUGAGUUCGUCGGGGAAGGAGGACCUUCAGAGGAAAGUGCUUAUGCUUAGCUCCCAGCACUCAGAGAAGGCCUGCAGCACCGGAGAUCUCCCCCUGAAGCUGCAACGUCUCAGUUCCUCACCUGGCCCCGAGGCAGCAAAUCGUCUAGGGCUUAAGUCUCUCAAGGUGGGCUUUGAACCCAUGACCCAGUCAACUGGAGACCUGUACCAACACAGCCUGCCAUCCACGCUGUCCCCUGCUCCGGUUCCCAUGCACAGCCCACUUCUUUCAGCCGGAGGGAGGUUGGAGGAUAACCUGCCACCAAAGCUAAGGAAGAUGAAUGCCGACCGCUGAAAUCCAGACAGUCUUGGACUAUGACAACAUACAGACAGUAACCUCUGACCACAAACAAAUGAAAACCCUUGGAGGUUCUGAUUAAAACACAAAAACAA